UCCUCGGACAAGGAAACCACCAACAACGAGAACGAGGAGCAGAACUCGGGCACCAAGCGGAGGGGGCCCCGUACCACCAUUAAAGCCAAACAACUGGAGACCCUCAAAGCCGCCUUCGCCGCCACCCCCAAACCCACCCGUCACAUCCGAGAGCAGCUGGCCCAGGAGACCGGCCUCAACAUGAGAGUCAUCCAGGUCUGGUUCCAGAACCGUCGGUCCAAGGAGCGGCGCAUGAAGCAGCUGAGCGCGCUGGGUGCCCGGCGACACGCCUUCUUCCGCAGCCCACGCAGGAUGCGGCCCCUCGGCGGCCGCCUCGACGAGUCCGAGAUGCUGGGCUCCACGCCCUACACCUACUACGGAG